GAUCUGUAAAGAGUUUUUUCUUCUCGAACUGGGUUUUAUUUUAUUUUUCUUAAUUAUUUUAUAUAUAAAUGUAUAUUUUAAAUAUUUCAACAGACUGAAAGGAGAAAGUUCAACCCCCCCUCCACACACCACCACCACCAUCACCACACACACACGGUUAAGUCGCAGUUCAGGGGUCACGAGCAGCGGACCGAGAAGGAGCGACUUUUGUUUGCUCUCCAUAUUUUUUAUUUUUUUAUUUUUUAUUUUUGUGUGCAAAAGUUUGAAUCUGUGGACUGACUGUGGAGACUCGAUGCAGGGCGAGCAGCUGAUGGAAUGAGCGCUACCGCUGCCGUUUCCCUCCUCCUGGUUUUUGGAGACGCCAGAACAGACCCGGUGUGGUGUCCCCGUCCCCAUGAGGAGGGAGCCCGUUUCUUUUUUUGACCUCAGCUGGAGUCAAACUACAACUUGUUUCACACAACUAAAAAAAACAUUUUUAAUUAGGCUAAUUAAAAAAAAAGAAUCCUCUGUUUGAAGGGAACUGCUACGCUUUUCAUUCACCGGGAGGUCAGUCACUAAAGUGGCCGAACUGAAGAAGAGGAGUCCGGUGGCAUUUCUUUCUUUUCUUUUUUAAACCUCACAUCGUAUCUGGGCCCUGCAGCCCUGCACCGUGCCGAUGGAGAUUCACUGUAAGCACGACCCGUUUGCUGCGAUGCACAGACAUGGCGGAGUCAACCAGCUCGGAGGUGUGUUCGUGAACGGCAGGCCCCUCCCAGACGUAGUGCGACAGCGGAUAGUAGAACUCGCCCACCAAGGGGUUCGGCCCUGCGACAUCUCGCGUCAGCUACGAGUCAGCCACGGAUGUGUCAGCAAGAUACUGGGCAGGUACUAUGAAACGGGCAGUAUCCGCCCCGGGGUAAUCGGGGGAUCCAAACCAAAGGUUGCUACUCCCAAAGUGGUCGACAAGAUCGCCGAUUACAAACGCCAAAACCCCACCAUGUUUGCCUGGGAGAUCCGGGACAGGCUCCUGGCCGAGAGAGUGUGCGACAACGACAGCGUCCCCAGCGUCAGCUCCAUCAACAGGAUCAUUCGGACAAAGGUUCAGCAGCCGCCCGGCCAAACGGGCUCAGUGUCGGCUCACAACUUAGCGACGUCCGUGGCUGCCACGCAAGUGUCGGCAGUGACCAGCGACUCGGCCGGCUCCUCGUACUCCAUCAGCGGCAUUCUGGGUAUCAGCUCAGCUGCUGAUGUUGGCAAGAGGAAGAGGGAUGAAGGUCUGCAGGAGUCACCGCUGGCCAACGGGCACGGCCACAGUGGGCGGGACUUCCUCAGGAAGCAGAUGAGAGGGGAGCUGUUCUCGCCGCAGCAGAUCGAGGUAUUGGACCGCCUGUUUGACAGGCAGCCACCCUGUCCAAUCCAAUCCAGCUCUGACCUCUAUGUGAGCCCUGACUCUGGCAAGACGUCAGAUUACUCGGCCAUGGCCUCGCUAACUGGCGGACUGGACGAGAUGAAGAACAGUUUGGCCAAUCCGGGUACAGGGGCGGAGUUAGGAGCCAGCGUGUCCGGUCCACAGUCCUAUUCACUCGUUCCAGGUCGAGAUCUAGCCAGCACCACUCUGCCAGGCUACCCUCCUCAUGUUCCUCCCACUGGACAGGGCAGCUACUCCACCCCCUCCCUCACUGGCAUGGUACCUGGUGGAGAUUUUUCCGGAAGUCCAUAUUCUCAUCCCCAGUAUUCCACAUACAAUGAAUCGUGGAGAUUUCCUAACCCCAGCUUAUUAGUGUUUCAGCAGGAUUAUGGGUCUCUCCUGGGGACGGAAAUCGGCUGCUCCUCCAGUCUCUUCACCAGCCAGGCAGGACAGAUGCAAGGGUCACCGUACUACUACAGUGCGACAUCACGGGGAGCGGGCCCUGCUGCCACUGCGACAGCCUCCGCCUAUGACCGCCACUGACCCCUCCUCCCUACUGAAAGAAGAGGAGGACCACGAGAAGGAGACGAGAGGAGGGAGGGAUGGAUAGCACCAGCACCACUCGAUACAAACCUGCCUGCGCACGGACGACAAUGUGGACAAAGAUUUCCAGUUUUUGACGUCAGUGAAGUUUGAAUUUUCUUUGACUGACACUGCUGGGCUGCGUCACAGACAAACUGUAUGAGUUUCACAUUACUGUGAGGAGACACGGGCGUGGCAGUGUCAAAAACUGAUACAUUCACGUGUUUUUGUUAGAUUUGGACCCUCCUCUAAUAUCAAGGCUCAUUUUUUUUUUUUUUUUAACCAAUCAUCUACAAACCCCGAGACGUCAGCGAAGCAGUGACUGAAGCUGUAUUGUGAUCUUCUGGGUAAAAUGUUGUGUUUUCAGGUUGAAACUAUUUGACUUGAUUCGAACGAAAUUCACUUUUUUCAAAACAAACAACAAACUUUUUAUGCCCCCCCCCGAACAUCAAUCAAUCAAUUUUCUAUGCCAUGCUACGGUGAAGUAAAGACAAUCCAAACUCUCAUAACUUUAAAUGACCAAAACCUCCCUCAUCAUUAUCAUUCCAGUCUCUUUGCUGCAGAUUCAACACAUUGCCCC